AUGGGUGUAACCGUGCACACGACAGCACCGGCGCCAGUCUCCCUCCUCGCAGAGCCAAGCACUUCAAUGGGAUCAUCAUCAUACCCCCCCGGAUAUCCACCAAUGGCCCAGGCCUACAGCAUGGGUGGCAUGGAUUACUCCAACCAGUUCCAACCGUCAGCACAAUACGGAAACCGACACUCGAUGCCUGUUGGACAAGACCCGAGCCUGAUGUAUGGCGUGCCGCCAUCGAUGGGCCCCGGAGCCCCAGACCAAAGGGGUCACGUCAGGGUGGUGGAGAGCCGGUCUAAACCUGAAUGCUGGGAACACGGCUGCAACGGAAGACAGUUUUCAACCUUUAGCAACCUCCUGAGGCAUCGAAGAGAAAAGUCUGGGACGGCAACUAAAGCGACAUGCCCUAAUUGCGGCGCGGAGUUCACGAGGACGACGGCAAGGAAUGGCCAUCUUCUCCAUGACAAGUGCAAGCAGCGUCGGAAUACAUGA